UUUUAAAGCUGUGGUGAAAUUUGUUUUUCUUCCACCAUCUACUGAGAAAACCCUAAACUCUACAAAAUCUAGUUAGCAGUCGCUUCGCUUAAAACUAAAUAAAAAAAAUAUGCUGAGAAGAAAUAUACGAUUGAGGAGAGAAUAUUUGUACAGGAAGAGCUUGGAAGGCAAAGAGCGUUUGCUUUAUGAGAAGAAACGGAAGAUCAAAGAAGCCCUUGAUGAGGGAAAACCCAUUCCGACUGAGCUCCGCAAUGAGGAGGCCGCGCUUCGCCAAGAAAUUGACCUUGAAGAUGAUUACACAGCCAUUCCCAAAUCUCAUAUUGAUGACGAGUAUGCAAAUGCAACCGUACGAGACCCUAAGAUUUUGCUGACAACAUCUCGGGAUCCAAGUGCUCCUCUUGUACAGUUUGUUAAGGAAUUGAAGUUCGUCUUUCCCAAUGCUGAGCGAAUGAAUCGUGGUGGUCAGGUCAUAUCUGAAAUUAUUGAAAGUUGCCGCGCACAUGAGUUUACUGAUGUUAUUUUGGUUCAUGAGCACCGGGGCAUACCAGAUGGUUUGAUCAUAAGUCAUUUACCGUUUGGUCCCACUGCAUACUUUGGGAUACUCAAUGUGGUUACAAGACAUGACAUUAAGGACAAGAAAUCCAUGGGAACAAUGCCUGAAGCUUACCCACAUUUGAUUCUUGACAAUUUUAAGACCAAGCUCGGUGAAAGGACAGCGAACAUUCUAAAACAUUUAUUCCCUGUGCCAAAGCCGGAUACAAAACGUAUUGUGACUUUCGCUAAUCGGUCUGACUAUAUUUCAUUCAGGCAUCAUAUCUACGAGAAACCUGGAGGUCCUAAAUCAGUCGAGUUAAAGGAAAUCGGUCCGAGGUUUGAAUUGCGGCUUUAUCAGGUAAAAUUAGGAACAAUGGAGCAGAGUGAAGCUCAGGUCGAAUGGGUUAUUAGACCUUACAUGAACACGACCAAGAAACGAAACUUCAUCGGAAACGACCAAGAAUCAGAUGAUAAAAGAAAGAAAAUUAAAGCUUAAGCUUUGGACCCUGAAAAUUUUCAUAUUCUUAUGAUUAUGUUGUUUUAUUUAGGUUUUCUUUUAUGUUUCUAAGGUUGUUUGAAUUAUGAAUAUUUCAUGUCAAAUUUUAUUUAAAGCAA